AGGAAGACUGUAGCCUGUAGGACGGACGUGGAAAAAGAGGGAGAAGACUAACAUGGAGAGGGAAGAGUGGGGGGAGAGAGAGAGAGAUAAAGGAGGAGAAUGAGUCAAGUUUUUAUUUUUUGAAAUCCAUCCGCUCCAAUUCUUCAAUGCAGUCUCAUCAAAUACGACAGCUUAAAAACCCAUCCCUGAAAACCACCUGUCUUCAAUACCCAGAUCUCUGCUUCACAUAAUUUGAUCAAAGUCUUCACCAUCUUUUCAAAAGUUCCCCUGUUUCUACAUGUUGUUUUGCUCUGUUUUCAGCCAGAAAACUUAUCUUUCUUUAAGCUCCCUGAUCAAUAGAUCUAAACAAUCCAUAGUUCUCUCCCACUUCCUAGGAAAUAUAGCCAUUUCCCUCCCUACAAAUAGCCCCUCUUGCUUUACAAGUUCUCGGCUUUUUUACUUGAACCCGUCUUAUCCAACAAGUCCUGCCCGUUUUCUUUGUCUCCCACUUCAAAAGCCCCACCUGGGUUUCUAAAAUUUGAGCCAAUCCAAUCAUGGGAAUUCAGAAGGACAAGGUGAGAUUCAAUGUUGGAGGCAGGAUUUUCGAGACAACUGCGACAACCCUCGCCAACGCCGGCCGGAAUUCAAUAUUUGGAGCAAUGUUCGACGAGAAUUGGACUCUACAAGCCGGUAAUUCCGAAGAAUACUUCAUUGAUCGAAACCCGGAUUGCUUUGCCAUCCUCCUCGAUCUCCUCCGAACCGGCGAGCUCUACAUUCCGGUGAAUAUUCCAGAAAAGCUCAUCUACAGGGAGGCCCUGUUCUACGGCCUUCUAGACCACGUUCGCUCCGCGAAAUGGGGUCCAUUUGAUGGAAAUCGAUUGCGGCCCUCGCGGUCUAUAACUGGGCGAGCACCAGGCGAUGGAACAGCAAUUCGAGCCGGCCCGGAUGGUGGUUGUUGCGUUGCUCAUGGAAGCAUGGUUCACGUCUAUGAUUGGAUGCUAGAUGAGCAUGCACCAAUCACUCUUGAUUACCAAAGAGUAAACGAUGUUGGUUGGAUUGAUUCACAUAGCAUUUUGAUCAGCGUGUGUGAGCGAUUAGGCCGUGGAGAUGGUGGGAUGGGUCUGUUUAGUUCAUCAACAGGAGAGCUAAGGUACAAAUUUCAAGUCAAUCAUGAGAAUCAAGUUAAGAGCUUUACUGCUGGGGCUUUGAGUUUCAGCUCGGAUUACAAGAUAUUUUCAAGUUGUAAAGGUAGGAGCAAUGAGUAUGGGAUUGGAGUUUGGGACCAAGUAACUGGAAAGCAGAUUGACUUUUUCUAUGAGCCUCUUGGCUGGUCGCUGGGAGAUGCUGACAAGCUUCAAUGGUUACAUGGGAGCAACUGUUUGUUGGUUGCAUCCUUAUUUCCUAGGAAGGACAAUUGUUACAUUAGUUUGUUGGAUUUUAGGGAGAAGAAGAUGGUUUGGUCGUGGUCUGAUAUUGGAGCUCCAAUGACUGUGGAUGAGAAGCGAGUUAGAGACGCAAUAGCAAUGGAGGAGAAUAGCUCUAUCUGUGUGGUGAAUGAGUAUGACGAUUUGGGUUUCAUGGACUUGAGAAGCACUGCUGGGAGCGUCCGGUGGAGCUCGAGAAGCCGGUUGAUGAAGGGGAAGAUGCCUGAGGAACCAUGUUAUCCUAAGUUGGCAUUGCGUGAGGGCCAACUCUUCUCAUCCAUGAACGAUUGCAUAUCUGUGUUUUGUGGUCCUGACUGGGUUUUAACAUCUAGGCUACGAAGAAGCUAUGGAGGUUCAAUAUGUGAUUUUUCCAUUGGUGGUGACCGGCUUUUCGCACUGCAUAGUGAAGAAAAUGUGUUUGAUAUAUGGGAGACUCCACCUCCACCGAUCAUAUGAUUCUGCAAAAUGGUCUGCUUUUUUUGGUUUUUUCCUUUUUGACAUACAUGGUUUUCUAUUUUGUUUUUGUAGUUUUUAGAAGAUGGAGUUUGCAUAGGUGUUAGGAAACUUAAGAGGUAGUAUAAGAGCUCUGAGCUCGUAUAGGGUUUUGCUAAUUGUUAGAGAGAUGGAAGUUAUUACUUUAAUAACUGAUUAUAACCUCGUAUACAUGUAGAGGGAUAUCUGAAUUGUGACUGUAAAUGGGGAGUUCCCAUUGUUGGAACGAUGAACGUGAAGAACUCUUUCAGGUU